GCCUUUUCCUCUCACGCCCUCCUGUUCUCCUUAUUCCCCAGUCACGCCGAGGAUUGCGUCUUCGGCGGCUCCCAACUAUCGUCAUCAUCAUCGUCGUCUUAGUACGCGAUUCUCCUCUUCUCGGCCUGUCGAAGCCAAGCUGACAACUACUCGUGUCCACCCUGUUCAUCUGGAAAAUGGGUGUCUGAGCAGACGUGUGCGCACGGCUUCCCUCCCCGACCCAAUAUCGAUAGCCCGGCCCAGCGGCCGUCGAGCUGACUGUGCGAGGGAUAUCAAAUACAAAAUCGUGCUCGACGCUGCGGUGCGGUGCGGUCCGGUCCGAUAUCGUCGUCACGGUCUCGUCUCGUGCAUCAGUCGCCUCUCGUCACCAAGUGAAACCCAGCCCUGCUGCUGCUGCUGCUACUACUACUGCUGCUGCUUCAGCUACCGCUACGGCUGCUGCUGUUCCAGCCGCUUGGGACGCACCACCACCCUCACCACCACCCUCACCACCCUCACCACCCUCACCACCACCACCACCACCACCACUACCACCACCACCGUCGCCGCCGCCGCCCUCAGCUCGCGUCGGCUCACGUCACGUCACGUCACGUCCUGUCCCGUCACGUCACUACUCCGGCGUCUCGCUGGCUGGCCGCCGUCGCCACCGCCGUGCGUGACGAGAGUCGGGUGUGCUAGAGCGAACCGUCAGCGGCAAUCUAUCUGCCUCUCAUCUCCCCGGGGACGGCCCGCCCCCGCACCGAUAACGAGAAAAAAAAGUUAGAUUUAUUAGCGCAACGCUCGGUAUAUCACUAGGAAGCUUGAAAGAAAGCAAGGUCCCCGGCCAGCGGAUAAGUUACUAGAGCCUUUUGGAACGAUUGAGUACCCACGCCAUCCACGGUACGGCACCUAGGCUGCUCUCCGGGGAAACACGGCAGGGAUCGGUCGCAGCGUCUCUCUGCUCGUGUUCCAUCCGUUCGCCUUGCUCCACACACCGUCCUUUCGUCGAUUUGUUGUUACAUCUUUGGAGGGAGCUUUUCAGCAUUGGACUGAAGCUCCCCCUGCUAGCGUCCAGGUCUCACCUUUGUUUCCAGACGACGGGGGCCUGUUCGGCUGGCAUUUCCUUGCCUUGCCUUGCGUUGCUCAUUUCUCCCGAGGGCUCCUUCGGGUGUGCCUGCUGCCCGCUCUUUCGUCGCCGCCAGACCAAUCUCCCUCCUCCUUCCUCGUCAACGAGAGAGCCCCUUCUCGACUAAUUCAACAAACGACCGCAAAGGCUCGCUCGCUCGUUGACGACGGCAUCCGGCCCAGCGGAGCACGGAAAGAACCGCCAGAGGCAGGCAUGUUCCAGCCUCACACCGCGCUGUUCGGGCCUCCAUCGUCGUCGUGCUUCGCGGCGUCGCCGUAUGGCCUCGCCCUGGGCUUUCGCAUCCCGCCCCCGCCCCCGCCGCAAGCACCGCCGGCGACGCAAUCGGCCCCCGUGCCCGUGCCUGCACCUCCCGCGAGACGCGCUCGAGAUAUUCGUGGCCGAGGAGCGGUGACGUCGGCUCGCCCUGCGUCAGCGUCAGCAUCUUCGUUUACACCGGCACCAACAACCGCAGCAGCAGCAGCAGCAGCAGCAGCAGCAGCAGCAGCAGCAGCAGCGCCGGGACCGAGAGCUGGAGUCGGAGCAGCUGCCCCAGUAGGCAACGAGGUGGGUGCGGGAGCGGGAGCGGGAACGGGAGCGGCAGCUGGAGCUGUUGGCCACCACACGGACCUCCACCUGCUGCGCUACCCGCCACCACGCGCCGGCGCCAGCCCUGACGACAGCACCACCUGCAGCACGCCCGGCAGCAGCACAAGCACCAGCACCACCUGCCCUGCCGCUGCCGUCGCCCCUCCAGGUUCUGAUACAGCCCCCGUCAUCCCCCCCCACCUCCACCACCACCACACGUCCAGCUCCGGCCAGGGCGCUGCUGCGAGCAACCAUAGCGACGGCACGGGCUGCCCCAGCUCCCGCUCCAUCAGCGAUAGCGGCUCCAGCCCGUCCGUCGCCGCAUCGAGCUCUCAUCCUCACCACCUGCACCUGAGCCACCACCAUCAACCCCAUCACACUCACCAGCAGCAGCCCCAUCACGCCCACCAGCCGCUCUUCGCGCACUCGCACACGCUCGCCCACGCGCAGCAUCCUCAGCUCCAGCUGCCCGACCAGCUCCACGCUCAGCUCCCGCAGCUACAUCACCAACGUCAGACCCACCAUUCUCAGCGUCAACCUCACGCCCAGCAUCGCCGCCACCACCACCAUCACCGCCGCCAUCAUCCACAGCAGCAGAACCAGCAUCAGCAUCAACAUCAGCAUCAGCAUCAGCAUCAGCACCAGCAUCAGCUUCAACACCAGAACCAGCCCCAGCUUCACCAGCCUCAACAUCAGUACAACCACCAUCGUCAGCACCCCCCGCCGCAGCCCUUCUACGGCGCCGUGGCCAUGGACGACCAGGGCAGCCACGGACUGGCCGCGCAGCAAGAGGCCGCAAAGGACUAUCAGCCAGUCCUCGAGGGUCCUCUCGUCGGCGACAAGACGCCCAGCGACGCAAUCACACACGAGUACGCCAAGGCCGAUGCCGUCUAUGUCGACAAGACGGUGGCACUACCCCAGACAUAUUCGCACUACCGGCCAAUCCAAGGCGAUGGCAACUGUGGCUGGCGAGCCAUUGGCUUCUCAUACCUUGAGAAGCUCGUCGAGGCCGGCGACCAGGAUAGGAUGGAGGGUGAGGUGGCCCGCCUCAUGAGUCUUAACCACAUGCUCUCCACCGUUGGCGGCUACAGCUACUAUGAGGACUGGGCCGACGAGAUGCUGGGCCUUGUGCGCGACUUGGCCGCCAGCCUCGCCGAACCGGCCGUCGCUCACGCCAUGCUACUGCAGCGCUGGAACGACACCUCGGUCGAGGGCAGCCUCAUCUACUACCUGCGCCUCCUGGCCGCCACCUACCUCAAGGCCAACGCCGCCACCUACGACCCCUUUGUGCCGGACGGCCAGGGGGUCCAGGCCUACUGCAGCCAGUCUGUCGAACCUAUCAACCGCGAGAUCGAGCACCUCGGCAUCGUCGCCCUCGUCAACGUCCUGCUCAAGCCCGCCGGCAUCGCCCUCGAGAUUGCCUACCUCGACCGGAGCCCGGGCAGCCAUGUGAACACGCAUCGCUUCACCGACGACGGCGACGAGGGGGGUCAGGGCUUGCUGCCGGGUGCGCCUGCCGUGUACCUCUUAUACCGGCCGGACCACUACGACAUCCUGUAUCGUGCGCCAGAAAACCCGACGCCGGUCACGGUCAAUCGCAUGUCCAGCAUGUCGCAUGACGCACACAUCGCCAGCAACAAUGCCAGCCUCGGGGCCUUUUCGACGCUCGACUUUGGCGCCUUGGCCAUGAUUCCCGGGUUCUCGGACGUCUCGGGCAUGUCUUCCAUGUCAAUGCCGAUGCCGACGCCGUCGACUUCGAGUCCCGUGGAGUCGGCCUUCUCGCCGGGGCCGCAGCAGAGCCCGUGGGCGUCGCCGUUCGCGGACGACGUGCGGAUGCAGGUGUCCCAGGCGGCGCAGCCACCGGCAAUUACGGCGCAACCCCCGACGCCGUCAUCGCCGACGUCGCCCGUUGGGCCGAGCCCGCCGAUGAUGCCGGGCUGCCUGUCCAUGGACCACAAACGGCCGUCCCUGGUACCGGGCGGGCUCGCAGCGUCGGCAGGGUACCCGAUACGGUUCAGUCCCGUGCAGCUCGAAUACGACGAGUCCAACAGCGGGUUCCGGGAAUCGAGCUUCCAGGUCAAGACGAGCACGUUCAAGAACAGCGUGUGGAACCGGGCGCACUACGGUAACCCGGACUUUCACCCGGAGGAAUGGAGUCCGGAGGACGAGGGCGAGGCACGGACAACCAAGAAGAAGGGCAAGCGGGAGAGGGAGUGAGGUUGGCAGAGGGCACGGCGCCGUACGGGGCGUCGCGGAACACAAUAUCACGCGCGGAAGUGAAGGGCGGUUUCUUGUCAUGAUGCUUGCGGGGAUGGCACACAGGGGCUAAUGAGGCAUGAGGCCAUGUCGGUGGGUUUCGUAUGUCGAUCGGGUCGAUGGUCGGGCGUGAUGUUUGCUGGGGAACCAGACCGAGGACGACGGAGGGGAUGCUUACCCAUAGCACUGGCGUUUUUGGCGGGCGUGUCUUGAGACGUAGCAUUGCAUAGGUUCGCAUUGGCCGUUGAGACCCGUGACUUUGGUGUUGGCUGUGCAUUAGGGCGGCGGCCGUCUCGCCGGCUGGCGGCGCCGACUGGUUGCACAGUUGGAGACCACGGCAGUCAUGUUUCAAUUGAGUCCAUUCUUACUCACUUUGUGCACGGGGGGCGAUGAGGUGCGGUUGUGAGGCAUUGGCGGUGGUGGUGGAGUUUCAGAAAGG